CCCAGCCCUUCCGAAUCCGCUACGGGUGCUGCAAGGCCUGGGAAGAGGUCCGAUGUCUUUAGGGUGGCUAGAGCGUCCUCCCGCGCUCCGUCGCGCUGCAGGUGACGGCGCCCGGAGGCUGUCGGGAAGUAGGCGGGGUGACGUGUGGUUGACGAGCUCGGCGGCGGUUUUGCUGAGAUCUGUGGCCGGCGGCAGCUGGUGCGGGGGGCAGCCGAGAGCGAGAGGUGGAUCGGGGCGGUGUGUGGCCGGGGCCAUGACGGGCAAUGCCGGGGAGUGGUGCCUCAUGGAAAGCGACCCCGGGGUCUUCACCGAGCUCAUUAAAGGAUUCGGGCCUAGUACCAUGCUUGGCACGCAGAAGAUAUUUGGUUGCCGAGGAGCCCAAGUAGAAGAAAUAUGGAGUUUAGAGCCUGAGAAUUUUGAAAAAUUAAAGCCAGUUCAUGGGUUAAUUUUUCUUUUCAAGUGGCAGCCAGGAGAAGAACCAGCAGGAUCUGUGGUUCAGGACUCCCGACUUGACACGAUAUUUUUUGCUAAGCAGGUAAUUAAUAAUGCUUGUGCUACUCAAGCCAUAGUGAGUGUGUUACUGAACUGUACCCACCAGGAUGUCCAUUUAGGCGAGACAUUAUCAGAGUUUAAAGAAUUUUCACAAAGUUUUGAUGCAGCUAUGAAAGGCUUGGCACUGAGCAAUUCAGAUGUUAUUCGACAAGUACACAACAGUUUCGCCAGACAGCAAAUGUUUGAAUUUGAUACGAAGACGUCAGCAAAAGAAGAAGAUGCUUUUCACUUUGUCAGUUAUGUUCCUGUUAAUGGGAGACUGUAUGAAUUAGAUGGAUUAAGAGAAGGACCGAUUGAUUUAGGUGCAUGCAAUCAAGAUGAUUGGAUCAGUGCAGUAAGGCCUGUCAUAGAAAAAAGGAUACAAAAAGACGGGUUUUCACCAUGUUGCCCAGGCUGGUCUCAGACUCCUGAGCUCAAGCCAUCCGCCUGCCUCGACCUCCCAAAGUGGUACAGUGAAGGUGAAAUUCGAUUUAAUUUAAUGGCCAUUGUGUCUGACAGAAAAAUGAUAUAUGAACAGAAGAUAGCAGAGUUACAAAGACAACUUGCAGAGGAGGAACCCAUGGAUACAGAUCAAGGUAAUAGUAUGUUAAGUGCUAUUCAGUCAGAAGUUGCCAAAAAUCAGAUGCUUAUUGAAGAAGAAGUACAGAAAUUAAAAAGAUACAAGAUUGAGAAUAUCAGAAGGAAGCAUAAUUAUCUGCCUUUCAUUAUGGAAUUGUUAAAGACUUUAGCAGAACACCAGCAGUUAAUACCACUAGUAGAAAAGGCAAAAGAAAAACAGAACGCAAAGAAAGCUCAGGAAACCAAAUGAAGAGGAUGUUUUCAGAUGUGUACACAUUUCUGCUUCUGCACAUAUUUUCAUGGAAAUCAUUACGUAUAAAGAACUUAGAGCAACAUCCUAAUUGGCUCAGUGCACGUUUGGCAGUAGUGCCAACCUGUCUUGUCUUUAAUGCAUGGAUUCAUAAACUUCUUCCCUACCUGCAUCAUGUGCAUGUAGUGCAUAUUAAAGUGAUAUUAAGAGUGCUUGCCCCAAUUCCAUUAUUUGACAUUGAAUCUGAGAACUGUUAGUUUUCUUGAUGUGUAACUACCAUAUGAAGCUAGAAAAUGGACAAAUGAUAUUCAUUAUCUGUAAUUUAAAUACUUAAAAUUUGCAGUUGUCAGAUCUUGAUUAAACUGGAUGUCUUAUUCUCAUCAUUAAUGGAAAAAAAUCAGUAUUUCUAUCUUUGAUAUCUAAGUGUUUUGAGGAUUUUAAAACUGAAUUUUAUCUGCUAUACCAGUUAUUUGAGAAAGGAUGAUUUUAAUGUAAAUCAUUUAAAAAGGACAAAAUAUAAUUUCCAGUGAUUUUCACUGCUGUCAGUAGAAAAGUAAUAAACAUCUCAAUUUUAUUUUAGUAAAUUUUCUUCAAGUGUUUGGGGUUAUUUGUUUAUGUAUUAGAGAAUUAUUUCAGGAAGGUCUGAGUAUUAUGCUUCAAAGCAAAAUUUCAGAUUAACAAGAAAUUGUAAAUCUUAAAGAAUGUUGGUGUUACUCUCAAUGGAAUAUUGUUUCAAGCUCGUAAGCUGUAUAUAAAAAAACCGGAGGUUUGACAGUUUAUUUUUAAAAAAUGGUAGUGGUGAUGGGGGAUCUUUCUAUGCCAAUUUGAAUAAAUUUCAUACAGCCUGCAGUUUCCAAGAGCCAUAUACAAUUUGCUCACAAUUGAUUUUUUAAAAUUGAUUUGGGAGUUGCUUUGUAAUAAUCUUCUGCUUCUAAUCUUCCUUUGCAAGUCAGACUUUAAAGAAGACUUUAUAAAGCUUUCUUUUUUAAAGGAAGUAAUCUACUUUUUUCUUUAUCAAGAAUAUUUUUGAGGUUGAUACAUGAGUUUUUAACAUUUUAUUAUUUAUUGUAAAAUCAAUUUAGCAUAAUUUAUUUUACUAGGGAGAAUGUGUACCCAUCUUCCAGCUUCAGCACAUGAAUUUUUAAGGAUUGUUUUUAAGCUUAGUAAUUGUGGUAUUAAAUGACUUGGAGCUAACGGAGAGAAACCUGAUAGGAAAUUGAUAGAAAAACGAAUGAAAUAUUUUUCAUACAUAAUUUCAGUUGGAUGUAAUGAAAAAUAUGUAGUCUCAGUUAUUUGUGGGUAAAUAUGUUUUGCUGUUGAUACAGUAAUAAUUAUGGAGUGUUUUCAAAGCCAUGAUAUAAUUUUUAAAAAUAGAUUUUUAAGGAAGGCUCAUCUUGAUCUCAUUCGUUUAUUUCAGCUUAAUUUAUAUAUUCUUUCCUAUUGAGGCUUAAAUUUUGUUAAGCAAUUUGAGGAUUAUUGUGGUAAGUUGUAUUUAAUAAUCAAUACAGUGUGAUACUGGCAUUAGGAUUGACAAAUAAAUCAAUGGAACAGAAGAGAGAGCCUGAAAACACAUCAACGUUUAUAUGAUCACUUGAUUUCGACAAAGGUGGCAAAACAAUUCAACAGAUAAAGAAAGUCUUUUCAACAAAUGGAGCCAGAAUAGAAUAGCUGAAUAUCCAUAUAGAAAAAAGUGAACAAUGACCCCCUACCUCACAAAAAUGACUUUGAGAUGAAUCAUAGACCUAAAUGUAAUAUUUUAAAAGUAUGAAGCUUUUUAACUGAAAACAUAGAUGAUAUUUUUGUGACUUGGGGGGUUAGCCAAAGGCUUCGUAGGUCACAGAAAGCAGUAACCAUAAAAGAUCCAAAAUUAGAGCUCAUCAAAAUUGUCAUUGAAAAUGUUAACAAAAGUAAUAUCAAAUGACAUUUGAAAAAUAUCUUUGUAAAAUGACAAUAUUAAUAGGUAUAAGGAUUUUUUCUUAUUAAUCUAAUAAAAUUCCUUAAUAGGAAUUUCCGUAGCUUAAGAGUGGUUUAUUUUAUCUGCAUCUUCUUUGAUGAUUGCAAAUCCCUUGUGAUACUUCAUGAUUACUUCUGUCUGUGAAUAAAGAAGUGUGACUUGUU